AUAACAAUCCUCUCAAUGCUAUUGGCCAAUCCGUGACUAACCGACAUGGAGAUCAGAAGGCCAUCCCGUGGACAACACACCGUGGACCGGGUGUACCAGCGCACCUACAAAGCUUGUAUCUCCUGUCGGCAACGCAAGGCUAAAUGCGAGCUGGGGACAGGAGAAGAUGGUGCGACGAUCGGGCCUCCGUGUACGAGAUGUCGGAGGGAGCAGAAGGAGUGUUUGUUUAGUGAGAAGAGGGCUUGGGAGAGGGGGAAGAAGAGAUAUGCGGAGGAUGGUGUGGAUACGCCUUCACCGACGACGAGAAGGAGGUGGUCGAAUGGUACCAGUGAGAGACAUGAUUCGCGUGAUAUGUCGGAGUAUGGACCUAGUCCGGGGAAUGAUGAAACUGCAUUUACAGAGAACACCGGAAAUAUCAACGAGAGCAAUCAAGAUAGACAGCAACCUACCUCCAGCCUUGGAAAUUCGAUGAUGCGCACCGUUGUCGCCAGCGGGAACGAUGCACUCAAUAUCCUGUUCGAGGCUGCUGCGGCUCAUAGUCGUGGGAAUGGCAUGACCACAGACUCUCAACCGGGAAAUGCCAUAUCGUCUGAGAGCAGAACCACCAGGGACGAAGACUCAUUAGCAGGCGGUUACUCGGGCCCUUUUGAGGGUUCAACGAGAACGGUGUACCCCGUGGAAAUCUCUCGGGUGUCAAAAGAGGUUCUUGAUGUGUGGGAGUCAUGUCGUUUUGUCAAAAUGGGGUGGUUUACCUCCAGAGAAGCAGUGACAUUUAUCGAUCUGUUCUUCAAAAACAUGUCUCCGUUAUCCCCCAUACUCACAGACUUCUACGCAAAUCAUGCAAAUCACUAUUGUCUCCUUACGCGCGAUCCAGUCUUAUGCUGCACAAUCCUAAUGGUAUCUGCUCGCUAUCACGUAUUACCAGGAGCAGGCGGCGAAUCAAGAAAUUUCUUUAUCCACCACCGACUCUGGCAGCAUUGCCAGCAACUAAUCACACGCCUCAUAUUUGGCCAGGAUAAAUCUACUUCGUCAAAAAUCCGCGGCAUUGGAACCAUCGAGGCUCUUCUAUUGAUGUCCGAAUGGCAUCCCCGUUCACUGCAUUUCCCUCCGGAAGUUGACGGUUGGGAUUGUGACUUGAUGACAGGAAUCACCGAGUCUCGCGCAAACGCUGAUGAGGAAGAUACGCUGUCUGCUGACAGGUGGCUAGAAGAUAUGAUUGAGCCGGCUAGAAGGUCAGACCAGAUGUCUUGGAUGCUGCUUGGAUCUGCAUUGUCGCUUGCGCAUGAACUUGGCAUUUUUGAAGUUGGGGAUAAGGAACCGGAUCCUCCAUCGGAGCCGAAAGGGCUCAUGCCCAGUGACCAGAUGAAGUUCCGCAGACAGCGCGUACAGCGCUUGCUAUACGUAUAUAUUAACCAAUUGGCGUGGAGAAUAGGGUGUAUAUCGCUCAUGCCGCAGAGCCUGAAUCAUGCGAUCAUAGGUGGGCAGGCUACAAGGGAGCUCAGCCGGUCUGGGGAUGGAUGGUUCACGUUCAUGGAUUCGUGGAUGGACUUGACCAAGUUGGCUAAAUCGGUGACUGAUACUUUCUUCCCUUCUGUUUCGUUUGCGAGGCAGCAAUUACACAGUGGUCGGUAUAUUGAUCUGUUGGAUCAUUUUCGGCCGCUGCUCACUCAGUGGAAAGUAAAAUAUCUUCUGCCUCAAUUACUGGAUAAGCCAUUUUUCAAUAUCCUUUUCAUCGAAUACCACUUUGUCCGCGUCUACACCCACUCAGUCGGAAUGCAAGCCGUGGUAGAACGGGUCCUCGCAGACGGAGAACCUAACUUGGAAGAGGUGCGCCCUCUGAAUAUCGACUCCAUCGAUUACGAAUAUAUCCAAGAAGUCAUCGACGGCUGCUGCCAGAUCCUACAAAAGGUCAGUCAGCUCGCAGAAACUGGAGCAUUGCGGUUCUCUCCGGUCCGAACAUUCCUGCGCAUAACAAGCUCGUCUAUUUUCUUGAUGAAGGCCCUAAGUUUGGGCGCGCGCCAAGCAAAACUCCGGGAAUCACUCGAUAUCCUCGAGAAAACCAUCCAGGCGCUGAAAUCAAACACCCUGGAUGAUAUCCAUCUGAGUAGCCGCUAUGCUACACUCCUGGACUUGCAUGUCUCGCGCUUGCGACGCAAUCUGCUGGUAUCAUCAAAGGGCAUGAAGAACAGCCGCGGCACUACCACAGCAUCUGCCACGGGCCCACCUUCACGGCCCGAUAACGGGGCUAGUCGCCACAACGCGACAAUGGUAAACAGUACGCCAAUCUCACAGGGCAUGUCGGAUAUCAGCUUCAUUCCAUCGUUGAAUGAUAUGGCUGCGGAUGAUUGGCUUUCGUUGCCGUUCGACCCGUCGAUGGCUCCGUUUGGCAUUAGUAGUGGUGGGCAGAUACCGGCGCUUGAAGGAGGUGCAUUGGAUUUUAUUUGGAACCUACCAUCAUGACCAUAGACUGUAAAUAGCAGUAACGCUUGCAGAAAAGUGACGAAGUGCUAUGAUUGUUAUGAUUGGUUGUUAAUGUUUAGUCAGUAUGGGUCACAUGAUAUACCCCGG